CCUUGCCCCUCUAGCUAGGGUACGUAUGAUUAAUAAAUUAAGUUGUAUGGCAGUGGGAGGUACUGUUCUCUCAUCACUCAAAUACUUAUUUCCUGCAUUGCAUAGCUUAACAUCGUAACUCACCCAUUCGCUUUAAAGGUUCAAGUGCUGCGAUACUAUCGAUUCAGGAAAUUUACGGGGCUACACAAAUUACACGAUCACACUAUUUAAACAGGUUUUUUGAAGAUAUUCGGUGGAAACUUUCAUUCUUACCAGCAGGAUGGUGGACGAAAAAGAAGACGUGCGUCUUACCUUGGAAUCUGUUCGCGAACUGAUAACAAAAGAUGAACCAGACGUAGAAAUUACAAGUUUAGAAGAGGAACCUGGCUCAGGAAGGGGUGACAAUUACACAUCUGUGCUGUAUCGUGUUCGAGCUAAAGGACGUAAACGGAUAACAAACGAUAAAUGGAGUAAUUAUGAACUUGCGAUUAUUUACAAAGUUUUACCCCGAUCGAGAGAACACCGCGAGGCUUUUAAAAGCGAGUUACUAUUUCGAAACGAAGUAGCAUUUUACACGUAUGUGUGGCCAGCUUUGAACAAAUUACAAGCAAAUAGUAAACAAGUUUUUAGCGGAGUUGCUAAAAUAUAUGCGGCACAGAUUGAUCUUAUUGCUAUGGAAGAUUUACGAGAAAGAGAUUUUAAAAUGGCAGAUAGAAGGAAAGGGUUACAACUUGAUGAUUUAAAACGAGUGUUGAAAACUUUAGCGGGUUUCCAUGCGCUUAGUUUGACUCUUAGAGAGACAAGGCCGGAGGAAUUUACAAAAUUGUCGAAUCCAAACGAAGGUCAAGGCGUAAAAGAGGCUCUUUUCCGACCAGAAAAUGAAGAUUGGUACCGUCAAUAUUAUCAAGUUGCUGCUAAGAAUGCUAUUAGAAUGGUGUCCGAUAGUCUUCCUAGUCACAUGGAGCACAGAAGGGUUGAAAUAAUGGAGAAAUUGCAAGCGUUUCUUGACGACCAAGUAUUUUUUCGCACUAUGUGCGAAUUAGUAGCUACGCAAGGCCCUCUUACCGUGUUCUGUCAUGGUGAUUGCUGGACUAAUAAUAUUUUAUUUAAAGAUAAUACUAGUCCAAACGAAGAAGUCGUCUAUUUAGUCGAUUUUCAACUAGCUCGAGUUGGUUCACUUGCCCUUGAUCUUGCAAACUUACUGUACUGUUGCACAACUGGGGAAAUUAGACGAGUUCAUAUGAUCCAACUUCUCCAACACUAUCAUUUUCAUUUAAUGUCCUCGUUACAUACGCUAAAUCCAAAACAACCACCAAAAGAUCCUUCUGUGAUGUGGGAAUUAUUAGACGAGGAAAUGCGACGUUGUGGACGAUUUGGUAUUGGUCUUGCAUUGGAUAUGUUACCAAUUAGUACCUGUGAAAGCGAAGACGCUCCAGAUUUAUACGAAAAGUCGGGAACAAACGAAAUAAAACAAAAUAUGCGUGCACCACCACGCGGAGGAACGGAAUGUGCACGACUCAUGACUGAUUUAGUUAUAGAACUUGUGAAUAAUCAUGCUUUAUAGCUUGGAUAUUAAUCUUUAUAAAUAAUUCAAGUAUUUUUCUUACGAUAUAACGAAACAAGUCUGGGAAAAUACCGUGUAAUCUUAUACAAAGGAGUAUACACAUUUAAAGGUUCGUAUAAGUAUCAUUACAAAUUGAAAUUUGUACUAUGAUGUAAUUGCAAUGUUAAACAAAAGAAAAAUAUAUAUAUUAAAAAUGA